AUGUCCAACAGCAGCUCCAUCAGCCACUUCCUGCUGCUGGCAUUGGCAGACACGCGGCAGCUGCAGCUCCUGCACUUCUGCCUCUUGCUGGGCAUCUCCCUGGCUGCCCUCCUGGGCAACGGCCUCAUCAUCAGCGCCGUAGCCUGCGGCCACCACCUGCACACGCCCAUGUUCUUCUUCCUGCUCAACCUGGCCCUCAGCGACCUGGGCUCCAUCUGCACCACUGUCCCCAAAGCCAUGCACAAUUCCCUCUGGGACACCAGGAACAUCUCCUACAAAGGAUGUGCUGCACAGCUCUUUUUCUUACUGUUCUUCAUGGGAGCAGAGUACUAUCUCUUGACCCUCAUGUGCUACGACCGCUACGUGUCCAUCUGCAAACCCCUGCACUACGGGACCCUCCUGGGCAGCAGAGCUUGUGCCCACAUGGCAGCAGCUGCCUGGGCCAGUGCCUUUCUCAAUGCUCUGCUGCUCACGGCCAACACAUUUUCCCUGCCCCUGUGCCAUGGCAAUGUCCUGGGCCAGUUCUUCUGUGAAAUCCCGGCAAUCCUCAAGCUCUCCUGCUCCAAAUCCUACCUCAGGGAAUUUGGACUCAUUGCCAUUACUGCCAGUUUAUCAUUUUGUUGCUUUGUGUUCAUUGUUUUCUCCUAUGUGCAGCUCUUCAGGGCUGUGCUGAGGAUCCCCUCUGAGCAGGGACGGCACAAAGCCUUUUCCACCUGCCUCCCUCACCUGGCUGUGGUCUCCCUGUUCCUCAGCACUGCAAUGUUUGCCUACCUAAAGCCCCCCUUCGUGUCCUCACUCUCCCUGGAUUUGGCCCUGUCAGUUCUGUACUCAGUGGUGCCUCCAGCCCUGAACCCCCUCAUCUACAGCCUGAGGAACCAGGAGCUCAAGGCUGCAGUGAGGAGACUGAUGACUGGAUGCUUUCAGAGACAUUAAAUGGCUGGCCAAUUUCAGCAAAUAUCUUCUAAUACAUGUCUUCUUUGAUAUUUCUUGGUGGUUUGAUUCU